AUGAUAUUGAGCGCAAACAGUUUUUGUGUUCCAAUUGCAAGAUGUAGACAGAGGAGUUUAUCUGGUGGGGAUCCUAAAGUGUUUUUGACAGAAUCACGUAGACGCGUUGAGAUGAAUGGGAAGAAUAGAAUGGGGGGGAGGGAUUGUUCUGAAAACCUAGAAGCUUUGUGGGAUGAUGGGUUUGGGAGUCAGAGUGCUGAAGAUUACUAUAAGUUAGCUGAGGAGGGUUUUACUUUUAGUAAAGACGAUGCAGGACCACCGCGGUGGUUUUGCCCCGUUUCCUGUGGUAGACCGUUGAAGGAUUCCCCUCUUCUUUUAUAUUUGCCAGGAUUGGAUUGUCUUGGAUUGGGACUCCUGUUGCACGAGAAAGCACUUGGGAAAGUUUUCGAAGUUAGAUGCUUGCAUGUUCCUGUUCAAAAUAGAGCACCACUUGAAGAUUUGGUUCAAUUUGUCGAAGAAGCUGUGAGGCUUGAGCAUGCCUUAUCUCCAAGGAAGCCAAUUUAUCUGGUUGGAGAUUCCUUUGGUGGGUGUUUAGCUAUUUUAGUCGCUGCCCGUAAUCCUACACUUGACUUGGUAGUUAUACUAGUAAAUCCAGCAACCUCUUUCGAGAGGUCACGACUUCCAUCUUUGCUUUUUCUUCUUGAGGCUCUGCCGAAUGUACUCUAUGGUGCCUUGAGUUUAUUUUUCUUAUCUGCAAUACGGGAUUUAGGCAAUUUUUUACCAAAAGACACUCUGAUCUGGAGAUUGAAACUGCUUAAAUCAGCUGCUGCUUAUGCUAAUUCUCAUCUUCAGGCCGUUACAGCUGAAGUAUUGGUGUUGGCCAGUUCCAAGGAUCAGCUCCUCCCUAGUAAUGAUGAAGCACAAAGGCUAAAACAAUAUUUGCAGAACUGCGUAAUAUGCAUCUUAAAAGGCAACGAUCAUAAACUCCUGUUGAAAAGUGAUAGUAAUUUGUUAACAAUAAUUAAAGGUUGUUCAAAAUACCGCCGCACAUCAUAUCAUGGUAAUAUGAAGGAUUAUAUCCCUCCCAGUAUGUCAGAGUAUAGAACGGAAUACGAAGGACAUCGGUGGGUCCAUCUCGCUACGAGUCCCGUAAUGCUUUCAACUUUGGAGGACGGAAAGGUAGUGCGUGGAUUGGGCGGGAUUCCAAGUGAAGGCCCCGUAUUGUUUAUUGGUAAUCACAUGCUCUUGGGGGUUGAUCUUUUCAUACUUUUUCUGGCGCUUUUGAAAGAAAAACGCAGAAUGCUUCGUGGGUUAGGUCACCCACAAAUGCUUCAACUUGAUACCGAGUAUGGGAUAAUUGAUACUUCCAUUUUGUUGAGAGUAUUUGGUAUGUUGCCCGUCUCUGGAAUCAAUCUUUUCAGAUUGUUGUCAUCUAAUUCAUACGUGCUGCUAUAUCCUGGUGGCGCACGUGAGGCUCUCCACCGCAAGGGUGAAGUUCACAAGUUAUUUUGGCCUGAACAACAAGAAUUUGUAAGGAUGGCAGCAAAAUGUGGAGCUACCAUUGUACCUUUCGGGUCCGUUGGGGAAGAUGAUGUGUCUGAAAUGCUCCUGGAUUAUAACGAUCAGAUGAACAUUCCUGGACUCAACAACCAUCUACAGGAGCUUAAUGAAAAAUCACUUCUUUUGAGGCAAGAUGUUGAAGGGGAGGUUGCUAACCAACAACUUCAUUUGCCUUUGGUUAUGCCCAAAAUACCUGGUCGGUUUUACUAUCUAUUCGGAAAACCAAUAAAAACUAAGGGAUUGGAGAAGAUUUUGAACGACAAAGAUAUGUCGCAAGCAUUGUACGCCCAAGUAAAGCGCGUGGUUGAGACGAAUAUUGCGUAUCUAAUUAAGAGGCGAGACGAGGAUCCUUAUCGAAGUUUUGUAAAAAGGGUUGUGUUUCAGGCCAAAACUAGCACUCCCUGGGACAAAGUUCCCACGUUUGAUCCUUAGAAGAAAGCAUCUACGCGUAAAUGUUUAUGUGAUGAGUGGCUCGAUUUGUAAAUUUUUCGUAAGGGAUUUUCUAUUGGCACACCGGCCUAUCUAUCCGCACACUUUGCCAAUUCAAUACGCAUCAUAUAGGCCUAUACAAUGCAUAUUGAAUAAAGUAAAAGACAUUGCAGACUGGCUGGUGCAGGUGUUGCCUGGCGACUAGCCUAAUACGCAUCGUAUAGGCCUAUACGAUGCCUAU